AUGCCCGCCUACCACUCGGUCUUCCUAGACGAGCCUAAUCAACAAUUGAUCGGGAAUUUCGCGCUUCUACCUCUGCGAACACGUACUCGAGGCCCCGCGCAACAGCUACCACCACUUGCUGGUGUAUCCGAGCUCGAGAUCGAGCCUAGCAAUGAGAGUUAUGAUCCAUUAGACGAGGUCCUCUCGCUCUUCCGCGCCAACACCUUCUUCCGCAACUUCGAGAUCAAAGGUCCCGCAGACCGUGUGCUGAUCUAUGGAAUUCUAUACGUGAGCGAAGCCUUAAGUAAGAUCAAGCCAGGCGCGAACAGAAGGGAUGCAGAAAAGGCUGUCAUGAACUCGGCAUUGGACACCAACUUUGCCAUUCCAGGCGAUGCUGGCUUCCCGCUGAACCAGAUGUUCGAGCCACCGAGCAAUCGCAAUGAGGCAGAGGUCCUGAGACAGUACAUCAUGCAAAUGAGGCAGGAGCUGGCCGCUCGGUUGCUGAACAGAGUAUAUGCAGACGAGAGUGGAGCUCCCAGCAAAUGGUGGCUCAGUUUCACGAAGCGCAAAUUCAUGGGCAAGCAGCUAUGA